GUUAAUGUUAAACAGUGUUCCGUCAACGUUUGUUGGGAUUGGAAGUGUCUUGUUGUCGUUUAACAAUGGCAGGGAAUAGGCCCCAUCUGGAGGAUAAAUUGGAGAAGUAUUGGAGGCGUCUCUUUUACCUGCAGCCAAAAGCUGGACCCACUCCCUUAGAUCCCGGCACAGUGGAGUACUUUGGAGUUUUUGGUAUUACUGAUCCCCAGGCCGCUGACCGCAAACUUUGGUACAUCUAUUGUUGUCGGAAGCCCGAAAUUCCCGAAGUUGGGGAGAGAAUACGCCAUAAGUAUGGUAAAAAGAACGUGCACGAAAUAUAUCGGAGGGCCACAUUCAGCGGAGUGGGUUUUCGUAGGAUAGUGAAAGACUAUUUCUCCCACCUAAAGUGGUUUGUCAGCGGAAAUCUCCUGGAAGCCCCUCCGAAAAGUUACUUUAAUGAUGAGAGAUUCGUCAAAACAAUCUCAGAUCUGAAUGGUAAAGAGCAAAGAAGGCUCUUUGACUAUAUAAUGGUGCAGCACGAUUGGUUUAAGCGGUACAAUGAUCAAAAACCACCCCCUAGUCGGCGUUAAAAAUAAAAAUA